AUGAUUUCAAUUGCUUCCAAAGAAGAAAAUGCAAAAGAAAAGUCAAAUCUCUCUCUUUACACAGACAAAACUUGGCCAUCUCAUUAUCAUCUCCAGCUAUUUCAAAACUUUUGGUGUCCAUCAAUUCAUGUUGAAGCACUAGAAAAUUUUCAAAAGCACUUUCAAGCAAAAGAAAGUGAUGUUAUUGUUGCUAGCUUCCCAAAAUCUGGUACUAUAUGGUUAAAAGCUCUUACUUUUGCCAUUGUCAACCACCAACGUUUCUCCUCUUUGGAGAAUCAUCCAUUGCUCACUUCUAAUCCUCAUGAGCUUGUUCCUUUCCUUGAAUCUGUCUUUGGUGGUAAUAUUCAAGACCACCAAAUUCAGCUCCUAGACAGUAAACCUGACCCAAGAAUUUUUGGUACUCAUACUCCGUUUCCUUCCUUACCAGAGUCAAUUAAGGAGUCUAAUUGCAAGAUAAUUUAUAUUUGCAGAAACCCUUAUGACAAUUUUGUUUCUGCAUGGGUUUAUUUUAAUAAAAUAAAACCUGAGUCCUUACCUGCAAUACCAAUGGAUGAAGCUUUUGAGUUGUAUUGCAAAGGAAUACUUGAUUAUGGUCCAUGGUGGAGUCAUAUGUUAGGCUAUUGGAAGGAGAGUAUUGCCAAACCAAACAAGGUUUUAUUCGUAAAAUAUGAUGAUCUUACUGAGGAUGCUAAUUUUCAUGUCAAAAGAAUUGCAGAUUUUUUUGGUUGUUCUUUCACAGAGGAAGAGGAGAAUAAUGGAAUUGUUGAAAAUAUAAUCCAAUUAUGCAGCUUUAAGAAGAUGAAAGACUUGGAAGUGAACAAAUCUGGAAAAGUAGGUAUAGCUGCUGUUGAUAAAAAGAACUUUUUCAGAAAGGGAGAAACAGGAGAUUGGGUUAAUCACUUUUCCCCUUCUAUGAUAGAAAAAUUGUCCAAAAUAGUUGAAGAAAAACUUCAAGGAUCUGGUUUGUCAUUCAAAAAUUGUCCUUAGUAUGUGU